AUGUCCGGACUCGCUUCCGAGGAGGUCGCUGAGGACUACAAGAGUUCCCUCGAGGAUCUCACAGGAAAUGAUCGAUUCCAAAUCAGCAACCUGACGGUGAUCGCCAAGGAGAACACGGAACAUGCAAUGGCCAUUUCCCGAGUCCUGGAGAACCAUAUUCGAACAACUCCGCCGCAGCACAAGCUGCCUGCCCUGUAUGUAGUCGACUCGAUCGUCAAGAACGUGGGGACACCCUACACCUUGUUCUUGGGGCGGAACAUGUAUCAGACGUUUAUGAAUGCGUACACUCUGGUGGAUGCCCAGACUCGUCGCAAGCUGGAUGAGAUGUUGAAGACAUGGAAGGAGCCCGUGCCCGGUUCCCUCGACACUCGACCCGUCUUCCCCCCGGAUAUCACUCGCAGUAUUGAAAGUGCGCUCAUCAAAGCUCGAACGGCGGCAUUGCAACAGGAGCAAGCCCGCAGCAAUCUGCUCCAACGCGGUCGAGGGGGAGGUACUCCUCCGGCGAUGGCUCGGCCGGGUGUCAGCCAUCACGGCGUGAAUGGACAGAGUCAUCGGACCUUGACCCCACCUUCUGGUCACCGUCCAGGCAAUGAACUGGAUGCCCUCAAUCGCGACUUGGAGAGUUGUAUCCUCGCGGCUCGCAAUGACUUUGCCAGCGCUCCCUUUGAUCCCACCACACAACAACGAUUGAAAGCGCUGCUUGAUUUGCAAACCAUCAUGCGUAAUCAACAACUCACUCCCGACCAACUCCGGCUCGUUCGAGACCAAAUCUCCGCCUUUCGACCACAGACUUCAACGACGCAUCCCGGUCCCAGUGCUGUGGCAGCUCCGCCUCAGGCCCCUCAGGCCCAAAUAUCAACACCUCCAGCGGCUGCACCUAUCGUCCCUGUGGCUGCGACGCCGACACCUGCUCAGCAACCUGUCUCGCAGUCGCUCCAAAAUCUUUUGAAUUCGAGAACUCUGGCCGAGCUCAUUAAGAAUACCGCAAUCCGCCAACAGCCCACUCCACCGCCUCCCGUACCGCAGAUGGCCCCCGUGGCCCCUAUGGCUACGAUGCAUCCUCAGAUGUCGGCAACUGGCAGCAGUACGCCUCAGCCGGAUAAUCCUCUCAUCGCAGCUCUUCGAUCUCGAGGUAUCCUUCCUCCCGCUUCGGCACCACCUGCGAUGGGCCAAGCUCCUUCGGGGACUGGCGAGGCGUUGCCAUUUCUCAUUCCUGGGGGAAUGCGGCCUACAUCCUCGGUUCCCACUCCGCCUGUGUCGAUGACCGCGUCGUCAGUGGUUCCGGCGACCACUGCCUCUAUGAAAAUUCCUCGUGUCGCGCUUGUGGUUUCGCUCUAUGAGGCGAAAUCGAACCGAUGUGGUACUUGCGGACGCCGUUUCCCGGCGACGCAAGAGGGUAAAGAGAAAAAGGCCCGCCAUCUGGACUGGCACUUUAAGACGAACCAGCGCAUGUCUGAGGCCGCCAAGCGUGCUCAGACUCGCAGCUGGUACGUCGAUGAACGGGUAUGUAACAGCGAUCUUUCUCCGAAUCUUUUUGGUGUUUGCAUUGGACUGACGAGCAACUUUCUUUUGAUUACGUGUAGGAUUGGAUCAAAUCUCGUGAAGUCGAUGACGAUCAGCCAGCGGGCGAUGGCGAUGAUCACGCCGACGGAGAGUCUGGUCCCGAAGGUGCCAACUCCAAAACCGGACCCCCCGGCAUGGAUUCGAGCCCCCAACGAUGCCGCUCGUCGAAACACUCCUUGUCCCAUCUGUCAGGAGAAAUUCGAAUCGACAUGGUCGGAAGAUGUGCAGGAUUGGAUCUGGCAAGAUGCCAUUCAAGUGGGUACUCGCGUGUACCAUGCCAGUUGUUACGCCGAGGUCACCAAGGGUGGACCCGUUCCGCGAAGCUCCACGCCCCAGGCCCAGGUCCAGGCGCGAACCAGUACGCCCGACUCUGUGCUGGGUAAGCGCAAGGCCGAGACUAGCAAUUCUCCGGGCAAAACACGCAUCAAGACGGAGGUUUGA